UACCCGGUCUUUCCAAGAGACUAGCAACAGUACGAGCAACCAGCUGGUAAAAGCACACUUACUGUUCACUCGCUGCAGUACAUCAAGCUCUCGGUUCAGUUUCUCUUGAACGGACAACAACUAGAAGCAUCAUGCCUUUCUCAUGCAGCCCAUACAACAACAACCUCUGUGGCCGUUUUACACCCAUCAAACUGAUGGCCGACGACUGCAGGAGGGGAGCAUGCUAUUCACCAUAUGCUAACUCUUGGUAUAACCCAUGUGCAAGUUCUUGUGGCAAGAUUAAUCCUUGUGCCACUCCUUGCGCAGACCCUUGCGGUUACCCCUAUGGUUACUCCUAUGGUUACCCCUAUGGUUCCAACUAUAGUCACAACUAUGGCUACAACUAUGGCUACCCCUAUGGUUACAACUGUGGCUACAACUACGGCUACCCAUAUGCUAACCGUUGUGUUAACCCAUGCACCACCACCCCGUAUGUUAAAUCAUGCGUUAACCCUUGUCUCGACACCUGCGUUAACCCAUGCGUUAACCCUUGUGCCACUCCAUGCUCUACCUACUCUUACCGCGAUUAUGAGUCUAGGCAAGUUGUUACGAGGGAGUGCAUUGAUGACUGCACAACCAAGCGAGUCUGUGCAACUGACGAAGCUCUCCUCCGUGUGAGCAAGGUUGACCUCCUGUCAUGCAGGACUGGACCUAAUCGUAUGGAGCACCGCACGCACUUCUUCCAUGAGGAGAAACUCAUCGUCCGUAGAGGACAGUGUUUCAAUAUGUGGGUUGAUCUGUGCCGUCCUUUCAAUCCCAGCUGUGACAAGCUUCACCUUGAGCUCAAACUUGGCCACAUCCCAUCAAUCCGCGACGGCACAUACGUGAUCGUCCCAAUUGUGGAGGAAUUCAAGAAAGACUGCUGGGGUGCAAGGAUUGUCGAAAGGUGCCAGAACCGACUCAAACUGUGUGUGAACUCUCUCCCAAGCUCUUGCGUUGGACGUUACCAGCUCAGCGUUGUGACACACUGUUCAGCAGGAAGAUUCUGCUUGCCACAUGUGCCUGAAAAUGACAUUUACAUGCUGUUUAACCCCUGGUGCAAAGAGGACUGUGUGUACCUGCAUGAAGAGACAGAGAGAGCCGAGUACGUGCUGAAUGAUAUUGGUAAAAUCUACUAUGGAACCAAGCACCAGAUUGGUUGCAAAUCAUGGAACUUUGGUCAAUUUGAGGAGGGAAUCCUGCCCGCAUGUUUCUAUGUGUUGGAGAAGAGUUGUGCCCCUUGCUCAGGAUGGGGAAACCCCAUUAACAUCUCCAGAGUGGUGUCUGACAUGGUCAUUGCCAAAAAAGACUGUGGUGUGUUGAUGGGCAACUGGUCGAACUGCUAUACCGAUGGAAUCGCUCCAACAUCCUGGUGCGGCAGCAGCGCCAUCUUGAGGCAGUUCUACAAAUGUGGAGGAGUACCUGUCAGAUAUGGACAGAGCUUGGCCUUUGCUGGAGUCACCAACACAAUGUUGAGAUGUUUGGGUAUUCCCACUCGUCCAGUCUCAAACUUCUGCUCUGCUCACGACACUGACAUGUGCUUGACAUCUGAUGUCUAUCUGGAUGAGAAGUUUCAGCUGAUUGAUCACAUGAACGCCAAUCCAAUCUGGAACUACCAUGUGUGGAAUGAGGCCUGGAUGACCCGUCCAGAUCUGCCCACUGGUUUUGGAGGUUGGCAGGCCAUUGACUCCACUCCUCAGCUGACCCACCAGGGCUUCUUCCGUUGCGGACCAACCUCAGUAGCUGCAAUCCGUAGUGGACAGACCUUCUUGAAGCACGACGUGCCCUUCCUCUUUGCAGAAGUGAACAAUGAUAAGGUGUACUGGCAGCGCAAGUGUGAUGGUACAUUCGGUGUUGUCCAUGUUGAGAAGGAUGUAGUCGGUCACUGCAUCAGCACCAAGGCUAUCGGAUCAGAUCAACGUCUUGACAUCACAAACCUCUACAAACACCCAUGUGGUUCUGAGGAUAGGUGCACUGCUCUGGAAACUGCUCUUCGCCACGGCUGUAGGAGAAUCAAUUACCCUCUGCCCUGCGCUGAAGAUGUCGUCUGUGAAGUCAACCUGAAGGGAGAUGGACCAUGUGUCGGCAGAGAUGCUGUGGUUUGUAUUAACCUAAGAAACAAAUGCAACCAGCCUCGUAGCGUCACCCUCUACAGCCAUGCUGCAGCCAUGUACUACACCGGAGUGAGGAGGACCUACCUGAAGAGAGACCAGACAUGCAUUGAGCUCAAGCCUUCUGAAUGCAAACCUCUGGAAUGGACCCUGAGUUAUGAUGAGUAUAAGGAGCACCUGGUGGAUCACGCUCCACUGAUGCUCAACCUCUUUGGACACGUGGCUCAAACCAAGCAGAUUCUGGCCACCCAGUACAACUUCAGACUGCGCACUCCUGACCUGGUUCUCGCUCCUGCAUGUGAUGCUGUUGUGGGUCAAGAAGUGGCCGUCAAAGUCACCUUCCAGAACCCACUGUCUUGCGUCCUGAGGAACGCUGCUUUCCGCUUUGUGGGACUCGGACUGCCACAUCCUAGAAUUAUCAACUAUGGUGACAUCGCCGGACAUGCCACCGUGUCCCUGACUGAGAAAUUCAUUCCCAUGUGUCACGGCCCACAGAAACUGCUGGCAUCAUUCGACUGUCCUCAGCUCACUCAGGUGCACGGAUUCACCAACAUGGUUGUCAAACAGCACUAAAAACCCCAUCGAUUACCCAAACGACAAGGCUCCACGGAAUAGAAAGUGCUUCCCCCUAAACCGAUCUGCUGAAUUUAAACGCAUCUGUUAGUUUCACUUCAACCUGUAAACCUUCAAGCGUCUCACAGCGCAUUCAAUCAUGAUUUAAGACAACUGUGACGAGGCUUUAUUAGCGCAAUUGUCUUCCAUUAUGAUGAAAUGCCAGUGAUUUUUCUUUGAUCUUUGAGAGAUUUACAACUGUUUUACUCGAUGAUCAUUAAUCUUAAUCAAGUUCUGUUAAUUCUUUCAUAAUCAUUGUUUCAUGGUGAUGGUUAUUCUGUCCUGUGUAGCCUCAGCUUCAAUAAAAUACUUCCAAGCAUA